GCUGAUGACCUGGCAAUCUUAAUAUCAAAACCCCAGAAAUCAAGAAAGACAAAACAGAGAAUAUCAAUCGAUAUAGAGUCAGCAAAAGCCAGACUUUCUUCUCGAGUAUUUAGAAAUUAGGGUUUCUCAAUUUGGAAAUUUUUGCUUCACACAAAUUUGAGUUCGAUUAUGUGGAAACCAGAACAACAAACAUCAGGAGGCUAUGGAACAAUUCCAAUCCCGAUAACAAAGACAGCAAUAACAGCUCCAACAUCAGAUUCAAGAACUGAAUUUGUAUCCUUAGCAACAGAAAGAGUUCAAGCAGUUUAUGCAUCAAGUAGACCAUGGAAAGAACUCAUAGAUUUCUCAGCAUUUGCAUUACCUUACAGCUACGCUGAGACUACGGCACGUAUCAGAAAAAACAUAACUUAUUUUCGUGUUAAUUACACCAUUGUUGCUCUGAUUAUACUAUUUUUGAGUUUAUUAUGGCAUCCAAUUUCGAUGAUAGUAUUCUUGAUUAUAUUUGUUGGUUGGUUUUUUCUUUAUUUCUUUAGAGCUGAACCCGUUGUGGUAUACAAUCAAACACUUGAUGAUCGCUUAGUGUUGUUUUUGUUAAGUUUGGUUACUAUUGUUGCUUUACCGUUCACACAUGUGGGUAUGAACGUUUUGGUUUCUUGCAUAAUUGGAGCUGUUGUUAUCAGUCUGCAUGCUUCUAUUAGGAUUACUGAUGAUCAGUUUUUGGAUGAACAAGAGAUUUCUGACAAUGGGUUUGCUUCUCAUAGUCGCGUUUGACUGAUUUCAAAGUUGAUUCUUAGUUUGUGAUCAAGUUGUUUUGAAGGUUGGGAUUUUGGAUUUUUGAAUUCGAUAUUGUAUAGUGGAUUACCGACUGAAGAGAGUGGUGAUGGAAUCUGAAGCAGUGGCGAUCCAUAUAAGCAAAGUGUUGGAUUCAAAAAGGUGUGAUACCUGUUUUCUUAUUUGUUUUGUUAAUAAAAUUGACACAUUUUGAUGGAUAUUGGCAGUAGUGAAAGUAAUGAAAAUUUACACGUUGUAAUGAGUGUUGCUGUUUUCAGUAAUGUGUGAUGUGUGUCUAUAAACCUUUCAGGAUUUAUCGCGAAUGAUAUACUAAUCUGUGUCAAACAUCUUGAAUUAAACAAAAUCUACAUUACUUUGGAUUACA